AUGUUUUAUUUCAAUAAUUAUGAUGAAGCGACUAGCAAGUGAGUAAAUUUUUUCCAAAAUUAAGAAAUUUUUGAAAUUUUUUUAGACAUGGUGAAAAUGGGUAUAUUCAACGGCCUGAAGUUAUUGAAGGAUGGUUUUAUCUUUGGAGAUUGACUGGAAAAGAAAUGUAUCGAGAAUGGGUUUGGGAUGCUGUUCAAAGUAUUGAUAAAUAUUGUCGAGUUGAUGCUGGAUUUACUGGUCUACAAAACGUUUAUAGUCUGAACUCGGGUCGUGACGAUGUUAUGCAAUCAUUUUUCCUUGCCGAAACUCUCAAAUACGCCUAUCUCACUUUUGCUGAUAACUCAUUAAUUAGUCUUGAAAAUUGGGUAUUUAAUACUGAAGCUCAUCCAUUGCCAGUUCUUAGCCACUAA